AACUCCAACUAACUCUUACUUCUCUCCUUCUCAUCUGAUUUUUUUUCUGGCGCUUUCUCUCUCUGUCCUCCUUUUUUUCUCGGGAAUAUUCGAAUGCGUGAUUUUUUGUUGUUGCUAUAAUUACUUAUUAUUAGGCGUCGUUGGGCGGGACUGAGAAUAUACAAUUUAAAGUAAUUAAGGAUGCAAGACGGCGUCGCAGUCAAUGGAGUUUGCUCAUCGGAGUCGGUGAAUGGAAGUCGAGAUGUUUUCAGUUGUAAAGAUUCUGAUUCUUUAUCAGCUGAUCAUCUUGUUGUCAUGGUCCACGGAAUUCUCGGCAGUUCUUCGGAUUGGAAGUUUGGAGCCGAACAAUUUGUUAAAAGGCUACCGGAUAAAGUAUUUGUCCAUUGCAGUGAACGGAAUAUGUCUAAGCUGACUUUAGAUGGUGUGGAUAUAAUGGGUGAACGAUUGGCGAAGGAGGUCCUUGAGAUUAUUCAAGAAAAGCCAAAUUUAUGCAAAAUCUCUUUGGUUGCGCAUUCUAUUGGAGGAUUGGUGGCUAGAUAUGCGAUUGGGAGACUCUAUAGACCACCUAAGGGAGAAGCUAAAGAGGAUACAUCAGGUAAUGGAUGCAAGGAGGAAGUGAGGGGAACAAUUGGUGGCUUGGAGGCUAUGAACUUCAUCACUGUUGCAUCUCCUCAUCUUGGUUCAAGGGGUAAUAAGCAGGUACCAUUUCUUUUUGGGGUAACUGCUUUUGAGAAAGCUGCAAGUUUUGUUAUUCAUUGGAUAUUUAGGAGAACAGGUCGGCACCUUUUUCUUACCGAUGUUGAUGAAGGAAAGCCACCUCUGCUUAAGCGGUUGCUGGAUGAUUCUGAUGAGUUAUAUUUCAUGUCUGCUUUACGUAUAUUCAAACGCCGGGUUCUGUAUUCCAAUGUGGCCUACGACCAUAUUGUGGGCUGGAGAACCUCAUCAAUAAGACGGAACAGUGAACUACCAAAGUGGGAGGAAUCUCUAAAUGAAACAUAUCCGCAUAUCGUCUAUGAAGAACACUGCAAGGCGUGCGACACUGAUCAGGAUGAAACUGUUUCAGCAGAGGAUUAUGGGUCAUCUGACCAGCUAGAAGAGGAACUGAUCAGAGGCCUAUCCCGAGUUUCAUGGGAAAAAAUAGAUGUUAGUUUUCACAAAAGUAAACAGAGAAUUGCUGCUCAUAGUGUUAUACAGGUUAAAGAUCAAGUAUUGCAUAUUGAAGGUGCAGAUAUAAUCCAACAUAUGAUCGAUAAGUUUCUUACAUGAUGCAAUCUUCUGUUAGGUAAGACAAGAUUGAUUCACUUCUGAGCUUCCUAUAUUUGUCGCCUGUUAAGUUAUCGCUUGCCGGUUGAAUGGAUCAAUACGCACGCUGGUUGAUAAGGAUGAUUAUGACAACUAUGAUUAAUUCAGCAGUCAUUUAGAAACUCUGUUCAUUCAUUAAUCAUGUUUAGUUUGCUUGCUAAGAAAUAUGGAAAUGGGUAAAAUGCAAAACCCA